GCUUGUUUCAAAUCCGAAAUAGUCAUGGUUGAAGUCGCUCCAGCUCCCGCUCCGGCAACGAUCAAAGCGCCGAAGAAGAAGGCAGCAAAGCCCAAGAAAACAGGACCGACUGUCGGAGAGCUCAUCGUUAAAGCCGUAUCCGCCUCCAAGGAAAGAAAUGGCGUCUCUCUACCCGCUCUGAAGAAGGUGCUGUCUUCAGGCGGUUACGACGUGGAGAAGAACAACUCUCGCGUUAAACUUGCUGUCAAGAGUCUCGUUUCUAAGGGAACUUUGCUCCAGACCAAAGGCACUGGUGCAUCCGGCUCCUUCAAGCUGAACAAGGCGAAAGCUGAGGCCAAGAAGUCCACCGAGAAGGCUGUUCCCAAGGUGAAGGCUGCAGCUAAGAAACCUGCCGCAGCAAAGAAGCCCAAGAAGGCAACAGCGAAAAAGCCGGCGGUCAAAAAGGCAGCUGGCGCCAAGAAGGCCACCAAGUCCGCGAAGGCCAAGAAGCCUGCAGCACCAAAGAAGGCCAAGGCAGCCAAGCCGAAGACCGCUAAGCCUAAAGCUGCCAAGCCGAGUAAGUCGGCCCCUAAGACGAAGUGA